CGGGCGCCCGGCAGCCUCCCGGGUGUCCGCACCCGCCGCCCGAAACCCGCCCAGCGGAGGACGCGUCCGGCUCCCGGAGCCCCGGCCCGCGGGGAAACGGAACUAUGGCUCCCUUGGCAGCCCUUCAAGCGACAUUCCUCUCGGCGCUGCUGUUCUUGGGAACUGACUGCGGCCAAGCCCUGCCCGAGGCUUCAACGUUGACUCCCGAGUCACUGAAAGUCUCCAUCAACACUUCACAGCAGAGUGUGCAUGUACAAUGGAGUGUCCACGGCCUUGCGUAUCACGAGGAAUUAAAAAUGGUUUUUCAGAUACAGAUCAGUAGAAUGACCACAUUCGAUGUCAUCUGGGUGGAGAAUUACAGCACCACUGUGGCAUGGAAGCAGGUGCUGCACUGGAGGUGGGACUCCGAGCUCCCUUUGGAGUGCGCGACACAUUUCGUAAGACUGAGGGGGACGGUGGAGGAGGAAGCUGGGACCCCCGGGCCGAGGCCCUGGAGCAACUGGACCUCGUGGGAGGAAGUCGAUGCACAGAAGUCGCUGGGACCUGGCCUGCUGUUCGUUUUCCCCGGAGAGAAGCUGGUGGAAGAAGGUUCCAACGUCACCAUCUGUUACGUGUCCAGGAGCCACGAAAACAACGUGUCCUGUUCUUUGGAAGGUGUACCGAUACGCGGAGAACAGCUCGGUCCAAACGUUUCUGUGAUCACCUUGAACAACGUCCCUUUCAUUAGGAAGACGGGGACGAAUUUCUUUUGUGAGAUGAAGCAGACACACACAAUACAGGGCUCCGUUCUCUGGGUCUCGAAAGUACUUGAGGAGCCCAAGGAUCUUUCUUGUGAGACUCGGGACUUCAAGACUUUGACCUGCACUUGGGACCCCGGGACUGACACCGACCUGCCCAACUACCGCUCCCAACGCUACACGUUAUUUGAAGCAUUUUCUGGGGAAAACAAAUCGUGUAAACACAAAGACUCGUGUGUUUGGCAAGUAGCUCCAGGCUCCCAGGAAACCUACAACUUCACACUCGUGGCUGAAAACUCCUUAAGGAAGAGAAGCGUCAAUAUUGUUUUCGACCUGGCUCAUCGAGUUCGCCCCAUGGACCCCUUUUCUAUGCGCCUAGAAAGCGUCAGUGCCACAGGUGCCACCGUGACCUGGAAGGUGCACUCCGUCUGGGAUCAUUUCACAUACCUGUGUCAGGUUGAACUCCACGGUGAAGGAAAAGUGAUACAACAGCACAACGUUUCCGUUGAGAAGGACGGGCAGUGUCCCUUCAGCGAGCUGCAGCCGGCCACGGAAUACACGGCCCGCGUCCGCUGCGCGGCGGCCGAGCACUUCUGGAAGUGGAGCGGCUGGACGGGCUGGAACUUCAGGACACUCGCAGCUGCUCCCUCCGAGGCUCCCGACGUGUGGAGGGACGUGAAGUCGGCGCUGGGAUCUUGUAACGUGACUCUGUUCUGGAAGCCACUCUCCAAAUCGCAUGCCCAUGGGGAGAUUCUGUUCUACAACGUGGUUGUAGAAAACCUACACGGACCGUCCGGUUCGAAGCUCUUUUCCAUCCCCGCUCUGGCCGGCGGCACGGAAGUGGCCCUGGACGGCUGUUCUCACCGAAUCCUCGUCACGGCUAACAACAGCGUGGGCACUUCUCCUGCCGCCGUGAUGGUCAUUUCCGGGGACCCUGCAGACAAAGGGGUUGAAGAAGAGAGAGUCGAACCCACGGAGCAGGGGUUCUCCUUGACUUGGAAGCCCCCACGGGAAGACGUCGUGGGCUACGUGGUGGACUGGUGCGACCGCCCCGGGGACUCCCCCUGUGGUCUCCAGUGGAGGCGCCUGGGCCCCAACAGCACGAGCGCGGUCAUCAACUCAGGUGCUUUUAGACCAGGGGUCCGAUACCACUUCAGGAUCUACGGAAUUUCCCCGCAAAGGAGGGCGUUUCUGCUGGGGAAGAAGACAGGGUACACCCAGGAAGAGGUGCCUUCAGACGCGCCUCAGGUGCUCGUGCAUAACCUGACGUCCCACUCCUUCACCCUGAGCUGGAAAGAUUACCCCACGGACUCCCAGCCUGGUUUCAUCCGUGGGUACCGCGUCUACCUAAAGUCCCAGGCAGAGCAGUGCCAACCAGAGUUCCAAAAGACGGUCCUUCCAGAUCGUUCAGUAGGCUGCCAAUAUGACAUCAACGACCCGGAACAGAAGACGCUGGUCGUGGGAGGCCUCCAGCCGGAAUCCUCCUACGAGUUCGCGGUCAUCCCGCACACCGGGGCUGGCGAAGGCGCGCUGGACGCCUUCACCAAGGUCACCAUGCCGGACGAGCGCUCCCACGUGCUGAUACGAAUCAUUCUGCCCAUGAUCGCCGGCCUCGUGGUUAUCGCGAUCCUGUGCUACUUGAAGAGUCGGUGGAUGAAAGAGAUGUGUUAUCCCGACAUCCCGGACCCGUACAAGAGCAGCGUCCUGUCCUUACUGAAACCCAAGGAGGCGGCUCCGCUAACCAUAAUGAGUGUCAACGACUGCGUUCCGGACGCCCUUGAAGUUGUCAAGAAGCCCGAAGGGAGCAAGACCCCGUUCCCAGGCGCCAGGAAGGCAGCCCCAGACACCACUGCACGCACCAGGCCGGACUACAUUUACCUCCUCCCGACAGAGAGCUCCCCCAGCCCCUGCAUCUGCUUUGAGAACCUGACCUACGACCAAGCAGCUCCCAGCUCUGGCUCCUGUGCCCGGGUCCUGGGGCCUCACGAGGCCGCACCGAGUCAGCUGGGACUACCCACCUCAGCUGCGAGUUUGCUGAAACCACUAGAACAAAACUACGUGAACACCCCGGCAGAAACCCCGGCCGGGGAGACUACUUUGAAUUACGUGUCCCAGCUGGCUUCCCCCGUGUCUGGGGACAAGGACCUUCUCCCAACAAAGCCCCCGGAGCCAGAGCCGGAACUCUGUUGCGAGUAUAGAAUGCAAAUGGCCAUGCCCCUUGACCUUGCCUCGCCCUCCCGGAAUGAGAGCAGCAACGGCUCCCCAACCGCCCUUUUAGGGCAAGAAUACCACGGCUAACUGUCCACACGGUUCAAAUCUGUGCACUCCAGAACAGCAAGGGGUGCGCCCGACCCCACUCCAUCACGAGACACCCCCGCGUUUAAACCCCAGUGAGCUGCCACCACCGGCAGGCCUGACUUCUCGGAGGCCACGGCCAUCUGGCUGGGUUUCCAAGUGCAAGAGCUCGGAGACUCCCCGUCCUUCCCCGGAGCUGGCUUGCUGCAGGAAGGCCGGCAUCGCCCGCGAGCACCCGCUUACCUUGCUGCCGCAUGUUCCCGGCCGCCUUCGCAACAGCCACCCCGGCCCCCGACGCGGGGGGUGAGCCCAUCCACCCAGUACCGGACAGGGCGGCUCUGGUCCUAGGAGUUCAGCGCGAAAGGGUUUCCAUUAACUUUUACCCCCGCAUUGACUGUCGUGAGGGUGAAGGCACUAGGUCGAAGGCUUUCACAGAGGCCACAGAAGGUUCGUUACUACGGCAGAUGCUGUCAAUGUUAAUUUACUCUGGAUGUACUUAAUGGAGAAGUCGCAGGUGUUGGAGACAGAAGCAGGUUCUGGGCUUGUGUUGCAGUGGUAAGAAUUUACAGCUCGUUGGCACGGUGCAAUGAACUCUCCCCCUGGGGGGUGGGGCAGGGGGCGGGGCACAGACCUUUGUAACAGGUAAGACGGGUGAAUGAAUGAGACCCCCCCAGUCGUCCUGUCUUGCCUACCAGUUAGACAGUGGGGCUGGGAAGCCCUCCUGGCCUAGUGUCAGAGUAACAGCACUGCUACCGAGUGCGCACCGUCCUACCGUCAUGUUUGAUGACUACCUCAGACGGAAAAGGGAGAGCACGUCGUCGAGUAACUCCAGGCACGCUUUCUUAUUUUUCCCAAGAACUGUAUUAUAGAACUGUGACCCGUGUCCAUGUAGCAUCCUCUAGACUCCGCAGUAGGCUGUCUAGGCCCACACAACACCCUCACUCUCCCCCAUACUCCUACUAUGCUAACCUAGCCGACACAAUGAAACCACACUGCUGGGCGUGCAUCCUCGGGGCGUGACUACGAAAGGCUGCCUGGGUGGGGCAGCUCCGUCGGGCUGAGCAGCAGCUUCGCGUCCCUGAACCCACGUGGGCAAAGCUCCGCGUGACAGGCGCUCCUCUCUCUCCCCCCUGGUGCCCGUGGUGUUCCCUGGUCAUGUUUCUCAACGAGCACAGACACAGGCUCCUUUCCAUUCGCCGCGGUGGAAAUGGCACUGCCUGUGCCUCUGGUGCCACCUGCCCAGCCUGGGCUGCCACCACCACGAGGAGGAGGAGGAGGAAGGCAGGACCCAUAUCUCAGAGGAAAGCGGCUAUCCGCUGGCCUGGACACAAGGUACAAACCAGGACUUCCGUUCAGGCUUUUCAACAUCGUCCUCACGUAUGUCUAUGGCUUUUGCUAGGAAAACUGGUUACGAAGUCCUAACCCAGUACACACGAGUAUCUUGAGUAGCAUCACAGUGUUGAGAAGACUGGGUCCAGAUGGUCACUUGCCCUCUUGGGUUCCUCCGUCAUGAUGGGGUGACUAUAAGUCAGUCCACAGAAGUGUCAACGACAGUGAUGACUGAUGUGAACCGUCUCUCUCGUGUAGACUCUCUUUAAAAAAACAACGCAUGAAACCUUGAAGUUGUUUGUGUUGCAACAGCCUUAAUUAAAAUACUUCACCACUGCAUUAUUCUGUGUUUUCUCUACCUCGGGGAAAUGAAAAUCUGACAGUCAAUAAUGCUGAUGUCACCGCAUGAGCUACUGCAAAUGCCUGGGAACCACUCCAGCCCGCCCAGUCCGGGCCCCCCACGGCACCUGGCCUGGAGUCCGAGCUGCACCAGGCGUGCGAUGCGCGCUCAGCUCUGAGCGCGGCCGGACCAAGUGGGCUGUGCAGCUUGGUGCUCACAGUUACCACUGCAACUGCAGUUCUGGGCAUGCACAUUCCUCUCUCGUGUUCUUCAUCACCAAGUAAGUCAGUGUUUAAAACCUUAGCUGUCAAUGCUGUGUGCUUAACAGCAUGGCUUUAAGAAGUGUUCUUCAGAAACUCUGAGGUUUGUAUUCAUGUGUCAGAAUUACUAGGAUGGAAACUGUUAACAGAAUUUCAACUAUACACGAAGGUAGAAGAGCAGAAGAAACCCGUAUUGGUAGGUGGGGCCUUUGCGAAGUGAUUAGGUCCUGGGGCUGGAGCCUCGGUGAGUCAGAUCAACGCUCUUUUAAGAAACACACAAAACUUCCUUGUCCCUUCCACCAUGAGGACAGACCCAGUAAGUCUGGGACUCAGAAGGGGGCCCUCACCCGAUCAUGCUGGCCCUCCGGGCUCAGACUCCCAGCCUACAGCUCUGUGGGGAAUACAUUUCUAUCGUUUAUUAACUGCCCCAGUCUGUGCUAUCUUGUUACAGCAGCCCGAAGGGACUAAGGCAGUCCUUUACUUUUUAGUAUUUUUAUACAAGGUCUGUCCGGAAGGUAUCCAGCCAUGCAAUACGAAAAGAAUAGAGGCAUUUAUUAAAGCAGAUACAAGAAACACAGGAUGAUGCCUCAGUUCCCUCCAAGUAGGCACCUCGGGUCCUCACACCGUUCUCCCCGUCACCAUCGUCCGCCUUGUCGUCAUAUUUUCCUGAAUCUCAUCAACCAUCUGAAAUCUCCUCCUUUCAAAGGUGAUUUUAGUUUUGAGAAAAGCCAGGAGUGGCAGGGCCCCAAAUCUGGGCUGCAGUAGGGCUGGGUGAUUUGGUUUUUCCCCAAACUCUGAACAAGAUGUGAUGCACGAACAGGCCAGCUGUCAUGAUAAAGCUGCCAAUCACUCGUCGUGUUGUCCCCCAAAGCCUUCUGAAGCACCUGAACAGUUACUGCAGAGAAAUGGUCAGGCUUAAGGCAAAAUUCAAUGCAGACUCGUUCUACUCGCUCGGUCAUUUUGAAUGUGACGAACAGCACAUGUGCUCACUCAGGGGCAUCUACCCCACCCCCCCGACAAUGUCACUGACUAGUGUGGUGAUGUCGUCACUGUUCACACACGCUGACUGUGGCCCACUCCCCUUGGCUGCCAGGGACAUCGAUGUCGCACAACCCGUUCUUGUUACAUUAACAAUGGCUGGACAGACCUGAGGUAUCAGAGAGUUUUUGGUGGGGGGUGAGGGGGUAGUUGGAGGUGGAAGAGGGUAUGGGGGGGAUAAAUGGUAAUGGAAAAAAUACAAUAAAAAUGGUAGAAAAGAACUUUGAAACAUGAAACAAACUUUCUUAAGUUCAGCUAUAUUAUCAUGUUUUUUAAAGAUCAGCUGUAUGAUUAUUAAGUGUAAUUUUUAGUUUAUUUGGGGGCCUAUUGUUUUUGUUGAAUGACAUAUAUAGUGAAAAGCGAUGAAAAAAUGAUAUACAGAAAUGUACUUAAAGACUAAUAGAUCCAAAAUAAAUCUAUUUCUAAAAGUGACACACAUUUUUCCCACAUUUAAUCAACUGUACUAGACCCUAGCUUUGACACUGAAGUUUAUUCUCCAGGCUGGGUUAUUUCCUUUGUGGUGUCCCCCUCUGCUCCUAGGGCUCUGGCUGUACGUUACCUUAUCUGAUCAGGUCAGUUUUUACCUACGAAAUCAAAUACUGUCUCCAGGAGUCAUCAUACUAGCAGCAUUUUUAUUGUACAUUAAUUCCUCAAAAUAUUCAGAACUGUUCUGUCUAAAGACUGAUCCAUU